AGUAUGAGCUACCAUUGGAAUUGGGUUAUAACUGAACCAUUUUGGGGGAAUUUUGCAGCCUGGGUCCAGGUUUAUAGAAUUUAGUGAACACCAACAGAGCCUACAAGCCUUCUGGUCCAAGAACCAACUACACCUCACAGGAUCCAUACCCUGUCUUCCAAGACUGAAAUAUGAUGGAGGGUCAGGCUAGCCUUCCUGGGCUCAGUGCAGACUCAACAGAACCCAUUCUCAUCUACCUUGCUCCGCAUCUGGGGGACAUCAGUCUUGAGAAUUGGGGUGUGAGAGCAAUUUUUCAGGUCCAGGCUGAAAAAGUAAUGAGUAGGAUUAAAAUAGGGUUCCCCACGGUGGCAUGGCAGGCCACCCCUGGAUUUCCUGGUAUCUUCAGUUUUUCGGUUCUCCCCGGCUCAGGCCAGCUGAGGAGCCAUGUUUAGCUCAUGCUGAAGAGAGAACUACUCAGCUCUUGGAAAAUGCUGAGCUGGGUAUUCCUGCCUCUUGGCUGAGCUAAGUACUGGGUGGUGAGUCAGCAGAAACACCAGCUCCAGCAGCUGGCACAGGAGCUAAUAGGGUAAGAAGGAAGGGGAAGACAGAGCCACGAAGGGAGGAGGGGAGGGGAUGGGGCAGUAUGGGCAGGAGCUUAGCUGGAAGUGUUUGGUAAAAGCUGUGUGCCUCCAGGAGCACUCACAGCCCUCACAGCUUCUCGGCACCCUCCUCCUCUGCUGGUGUGUCCUUGGAAGCGAGAGGCCCUUCCGGAAGGCUCAGAGCACCUCCUCUCCUUUGGAGGGGGUUCCGAGAUUUCUAAAACAUUUUAAGCUGCUCCUCACAUGGGUCAACUGUUCGAGUGUGCGGUGGGCCACCCGGGUUCAAGACGUCUUCACAGCUGGGAAGCUCCUGGCCUUGGCCCUGAUUAUCAUCAUGGGGAUUGUACAGAUUUGCAAAGGAGAAUACUUCUGGCUGGAGCCAAAGAAUGCAUUUGAGAAUUUCCAGGAACCUGACAUCGGCCUCGUCGCACUGGCUUUCCUUCAGGGCUCCUUUGCCUAUGGAGGCUGGAACUUUCUGAAUUAUGUGACUGAGGAACUUGUUGAUCCCUACAAGAACCUUCCCAGAGCCAUCUUCAUCUCCAUCCCACUGGUCACAUUUGUGUAUGUCUUUGCCAAUGUCGCUUAUGUCACUGCAAUGUCCCCUCAGGAGCUGCUGGCAUCCAACGCCGUCGCUGUGACUUUUGGAGAGAAGCUCCUAGGAGUCAUGGCCUGGAUCAUGCCCAUUUCUGUUGCCCUGUCCACAUUUGGAGGAGUGAAUGGGUCUCUCUUCACCUCCUCUCGGCUGUUCUUCUCUGGAGCCCGAGAGGGCCACCUUCCCAGUGUGUUGGCCAUGAUCCACGUGAAGCGCUGCACUCCAAUCCCAGCCCUGCUCUUCACAUGCAUCUCCACCCUGCUGAUGCUGGUCACCAGCGACAUGUACACACUCAUCAACUACGUGGGCUUCAUCAACUACCUGUUCUAUGGGGUCACGGUUGCUGGACAGAUAGUCCUUCGCUGGAAGAAGCCUGAUAUCCCCCGCCCCAUCAAGAUCAACCUGCUGUUCCCCAUCAUCUAUUUGCUGUUCUGGGCCUUCCUGCUGGUCUUCAGCCUGUGGUCAGAGCCGGUGGUGUGUGGCAUUGGCCUGGCCAUCAUGCUGACAGGAGUGCCUGUCUAUUUCCUGGGUGUUUACUGGCAACACAAGCCCAAGUGUUUCAGUGACUUCAUUGAGCUGCUAACCCUGGUGAGCCAGAAGAUGUGUGUGGUCGUGUACCCCGAGGCAGAGCAGGGCUCAGGGACAGAGAAGGCUAAUGAAGACAUGGAGGAGCAGCAGCAGCCCAUGUACCAACCCACUCCCACCAAGGACAAGGACGUGGCGGGGCAGGCCCAGCCCUAAGGACCACCAUUCCCUCAGCUGGCUACUCCCUCCUCCCUCCCCUUUUAUCCUACCUCCCUGCCCUGGUCCCCCCAACACAUGCAAGUACACACACACCCCUCUCUCCGCUUUUGUCAGGCAGUGGUAGGACUUCGGUGUGGGUAGUGAGAAAUUGUAAACAAAACUCACAUUCAUACCCAAAGAACCAGUCUCUCGCCCCAGGGCCCAUGUCCCAGGCCCCACUCCAGUGCUGCCCACACUCCCAGCUGCUGGAGGAGAGGGGAGAUGCCAAGGUGCCAAGAUGCCGGGCCACACCCUCAGCUGCUGCUUCAGGAACCAGAGCUCAUUACUGCCUUCCCUCCCAGGGAGGCCCCUUCGGAGAGGAGAGGUGGCCACAGGGGCUGUGUUGCGGGGGCACAGGCUCAAGCAAUUCUGUCCCCAUCAAGGGGUCAGCUGGAGAGACCCAAGACCCUAUCUCUUCACCAGGGACCCAAAAUCCAAGGGGAUGCUUCCCUCUGCCCUCUUUCCUGCCCCUCCCCAUCAUACCUGCACCCACCCCAGCCAGGGCUCCCUGUCCAGAAUUCGGUUCUCCUCAGGACGCCAACUCCCAGAGCUAAGGACCAAGGAGAAGAACAGCCUCUCCACCCCCAAGCCAGGCGGUUGAGGAACAUACUGAGAAAGGCUCAGAUUGCAGAAACCCAGCCCUGCCCCUGCCUCCUGCAUCCUGCCCCCAACAUGGUGCCAAAGCUUCCAGAAGCCAAAAAGGCUUCUGCUUUUUAAUUUAGUGGGCAUCUCUCUCAGCAACUCCACCUCCCCAUCACAGGAAGGAGCAGUCCCCUGCUAUCCCUACAGCCACUCCCAGCACGCCCGCACACAGCCAGCACCACCGCCCCCACCAUGCCCUUCUCCUCUCUGGGCCUUGGCUUGGGACCGGGUGUGAAGGAUCCCCAAGUCCUUCAGGCCUGAGAUCAGAGCCAAAUCAGCCUUAAGUCACCUCCCAUCCAAGAACUUGGCCUAAAAAUACUCCCCUAUUUCUAACCCUCAGGACGGAUCUGAUAUUAAAUGCCUUCCCCGGGAGGAAGGGCGCUUUCCCCCUCCCCAGAGGUGCCCAUUCCACACCCUGGGAGACUGGGGAGAGCAUUGACUGAAGCCCAGUUCCUUUCCCGUCCGUCCUCAACUCCAGUAGCCCCCCACUCCUCUCAGGUCUCAGUGCCAUGCCGUCUUGGGGCAGGGUGAGAGGGCAGCGGCAGCAGGGCGCCCGCUCUGGAGGUCCUCAAAAAAGGCCCUCCUCUGUGGCUGGCGGCCUCUGACCUUUCCCUGGGCUCCAAUGGAGUUUGUCAUGGGCCCUGCAACCUCCCCAGUCACUCCUGCUGCACUAAGGACUUAGGAUCCUUUUAUCACAAAUCGGGAUUCUCUCCCUCACCCCAGUUCUGUCUGCUUAAACUGGAAUACACAGGAGCCCUUCCUGACCUGGGUGGUGUCUCCCAGCUUCCCCGCCCAGCCUGCCUGCCCCAUAGUUGGUGAGAUGCCGAGUUUGGUCUGAGUUGUGACCCCUUCAGCGUAGAUGCCCGGCAGGCUGGGGUUGGCCCCUGGAGGGUCAGGGGACCAUCUUCUUGUUCCCUCUUUUCUCAUUCCUCCAACUUCCUCCCCUCCUUCAAUUAUUUUUUUGUAAAGUUGAUGCCUUACUUUUUGGAUAAAUAUUUUUGAAGCUGGUAUUUCUAUUUCUUUUGGAUUUUUUUAAAUGUAAGGUUGUUUUGGGGGGUGGAGUUAGAACCUUGAUGAUAAUUUCUUUCGCUUGGUGUAGGUUUUAAGAUUUGUUUUGUGGAGAGGUUUUUUCUUUUGAUGUAAUAAAAUUUAAAACGGAAAUGAA